GGAAACUUUCUUUAAUUGAGUUUAUUAUGUUGUCAAAUCAGAACAUAAAUACGUGGAACAAAAAUUUGUUCCAAAAAUUUUAAGAAUUUUUUAGUGUGUUCACCGUGAUUUGUGAUAUUUGAAAUAUUAUAUUUGUUUCAUAUUGCAUGCUGUAAUUUUGUCUGAUUAGUAUCUGCAAGUCAUGCAUAUCGAUUAUUUGACACGUCACAGUUGUUCGUUAUCUUACAUGGAAAUUAGUGUUCAUGUGUGUUAGGUACAUUUUUAUUGAAUCAGUAUUAGCCGGACGCUCAACAAGUCAUGAUGAAUUUAACGUUAUUAUAUAAUAAAAAUAAACAAGGUUAAAUAAAACCGUUUGUAAUACAAACAAUUAAAAUUUCAAAAAUUUAUUAUGAGUGGGUGUAAUUGUGUAAGUUGGUGGCUUGCCGCUACCGCUUUAGUUGUCGGAUUUUUGUACUGGAAACUAAAACAAGCCUUCACGUUUUGGGAAUCUAGAAACAUACCCUGCGAAAAACCAACAUUUAUUGUUGGCAAUUUCGGUGAUGUGUUUCGUGGUAAAAUUUCAAUAGGAAAUGCUGUAAAGAAAAUAUACAAUGAGUUUAAAACCAAAGGACCUUACGCGGGAUUUUACAUGAUGUUUACACCUAGACUGAUUGUGCUAGAUCCUGAAGCAAUAAAAAAUAUAUUGGUUAAAGAUUUUCAAUAUUUCCAAAACCAUGGAAUGUUUUACAAUGAAAAAGAUGAUCCCCUAUCAGCUCAUUUGUUCGCUAUAGAAGGUGAAAAAUGGAAGAGAUUGCGUGUGAAAUUAUCCCCAACGUUCACAUCAGGAAAAAUGAAAAUGAUGUACGGAACUAUGAUCGAAAGUGCAGAUGAAUUAAAAGAAUACAUGCAGGAAACAGUAGCUAAGAAUCCAGACCUUGAAGUUAAAGAUAUUUUAGCCAGAUUUACCACGGACAUUAUUGGUUCUUGCGCCCUGGGAAUCCAAUGUAAUACUUUGAAAAAUCCAGAUGCUGAAUUUAGAGAAAUUGGUAAAAGAAUGUUCAGAGGUAGUUUAUGGUUGACAAUCAAGCGCGUAUUUAGUGCUGCAAAUCAAAACCUAGCACGUAAAUUAGGAGUUGCAUUCAUAGACCCUAUCGUGAGCAAGUUUUUCUUUAAAACAAUUAGUGAAACCAUGAAAUAUCGAGAAGAAAAUAAUAUUAAACGUAAUGACUUUUUACAACUCCUGAUGCAACUAAAAAGUAAAGGAUGCUUAGAUGACCACGAGGAAGGAGAAAUUGUAGACGACAAAACUGCGUUGACGUUAAACGAAGUUGCUGCACAAGCUUUUGUAUUCUUUGUUGGAGGUUUCGAAACGUCUUCAACUACCAUGAGUUUUUGUUUAUAUGAAUUAGCUAUAAAUCCAGAAAUUCAGAAAAAAUGUAGAGAAGAAAUCAAUAAAGUUUUGGACAAACAUGAUGGGAAACUGACAUAUGAGUGCAUACUUCAGAUGGAGUAUUUGGACAGAGUUAUCUACGAAACUAUGCGUAAAUAUCCUAUACUACCCGUGCUAAAUCGCGAAUGCAACAAAGACUAUACUCUUCCGGGAACAACCACAUGGAUACCAAAGGGAACAGGUGUAUUCAUUCCUGUAAGCGGUUUGCAUCACGAUCCAGAAAUUUACCCAGAUCCAGAAAAAUUCGACCCUGAUAGAUUCACAGAAGAAGCAAAAAGUUCACGUCACCAUUUCACUUAUUUGCCUUUUGGGGAAGGACCAAGAAUUUGCAUCGGAAUGAGAUUUGGUAUGAUGCAAACUAGAUUGGGACUGAUAACUAUAAUUAGGAAUUAUAAAAUUGAACGAAGUGAGCAGACUCCGAUACCUCUUGUGAUAAAUCCGCAAUCGUUCCUUACAGCAUCGGUUGGUGGAAUACAUUUGAAAUUUGAGCCUUUAUAAUAUAAUUUAUAAUAUAUACUUAAGUAUUAAGCUACUUAAUUUAUAAUAA